CCGUCCCGAGGCUACAGGGUGUUCAUCUCUCAUGCCCCUUGGCUCCGAGCUCCAGCUGGUCUACAUGAGUUUUGCCAUGGCGCACCUGCUGGGUGUUGGGAGACAUACAGGAGGCAGGGCUGUACUCUGGGUGAUUCCCACCCCACCUGGUCCACCCCACGGUCUUGCUGAGGCCUUGGGCUGGGCCUCUAAGGGGGGACCAGUGCAAGGCAGGGUCAAGUGCCCUGGGGAGCUGCAUCCCUGCUCCCCCUCUCCUCCCUCUGCAGUGUCAAGAUGCACAUCUGCUUUCCUGCAGCUUCCCUAACCAGCUUGUCCCCAGGAGGAGUCACACCUGACCCUCCCAGUACAAACAACUCUUAUUUUUGCUUAUUUCUUACAUUUAAUGGGAGCCGGCUAGGGGUCUGGCACAUUGGAUGGGAAACCCCAACCCAGCCAAUUUAGGGGCUUCUUUGGCUAGGGGUCUGGCACAUUGGAUGGGAAACUCCAACCCAGCCAGUUUGAGGGCUUCUUCCAUCAGGUUAUCUAAGAAUUCUUGGGGACUUCUGCAGACCCAAACCCAUGCCCUAGUGGCCCAUUCUGUGGUAGGUGGAGCCUCUCUUUUCCUCCCCACCUCUCCAGGGCUGCCUAUCUUGGGGUCUCAGCCACAGCCUGUGUCCUUCCUGUGAUCAUUCUUAGCUGUGGGGAACCUCUCCAAGGCCCCCAAGGGUGGGGGCCCUCACAGCCUCUCCAUGACCAUCUGCUCCCCUCCCUUGGCUGCCCAGCACCUACCCUCAGAGAAGACAGGAUCCAUGGGCUCAGGCCUCUACCCUGUAGCCCAGCUGGGCGGUAAGCCACUUUCCUCUUCCAUCUCCCCCAGCCCAAGUUUUCCUUUCCUGAGAGUCUUGGUUAGUCAUCCAGGAAGAGCCCAAAGAUGCUCCCUUGGGCUGAGGCCUCAGGCUUAGCUGCCUGUGCCCUGUCCUCAGGUGGGGACUGUAGGGGAGGGCUCUCUCAGCUGCUCUCCACUGCCUUCAGCCUCUGCAGUGCUCCUACUGCGGGGGAUCCUCCCAGCUGGGGCUCAGGGGCCAGGCACUCAGGAAACCCUCAAUACAGCCCCAGGGGUAGGGGCCUGAGGUCAGUUUCUUGUUCCAAGGGACUGAGUCAGGUGCCAGGAUCCUGCGCUGAGCAGGUGGUGUAGCAAGCCAGGGCAGGGUGUCCCUGCCAGUGCCCAGCCAUUGUGGACCCCAGAGCGUGGAGGGCACUGCUGAAUAUGUGAGGGGGCUUGUCCAUUCCUCCAUGGUGCAUAGAUGCCCCUCCCCUCCUUAGAUAGUGUUUACCCCCCCUUGCAGGAGGCAUUAAUUUGUCCAGAUCGUACCUGAGAGGUGACGAGAUGGGGUUCCAAGCCAGGUGGCUGGCCCAGCCCAGCCCUAGGACCUGAGAGGCUCACUCGGCCCUCAAAGCCAGCCCCCACCCCUCCCCUUCUGCUCCACACCUGUGCACCCCUCGUGGCCACCCACAUGUCACCUCUUCUGAGGACAUGCCACCAAAAAAAUUUUAAAAAGCUUUUCCCAGCUCAGAUGCCCUCUCAGCAAGGGGAGGAAAGAAAGAAAACAGCUUUAUUGGAGGAUGAGCAUGAAGCCAGGGGUGAUGUGCAUCCUGAGUGGCCCUGGGGACGCUGGAGGCAGAAACCUUACCCAUGCUGCGCUCUCAUGGUGACCCAUGGCUAGUCCUUAAGUCAGGUCAAGGCACCUGCUACCCGGGAUUCCUCCCACAUUCUCCUGGUGACGGGGACCUUUCUGUGUUCACCUCUGUCUCUGUGAGAGGAGGAGUUUUGAUGACUCGGAGCCAGGGCCACAGGACCAGAGGGUGCUCUUCCUGGUGUUCAGGUCCACAGAGGUGGUUCUGGGGCCUGGAGAAAGACAUUUUAGGACCAUAAAACGGCAAAAGGCCUCUGUAGUCUCAGAAGGGUUCACAUAUGCACCCGGCCCUCAGGAUCCAGCCCUUCUUCCUCUGUGGAUUCGGCCAGUGGCAGACAAAGACUCUAGAAAAAAUGUUGCUGUGGCCUGUGUGCCGAGCAGCGCGGGCCUUUCUGUUUCUUCAUUCCCGGGCAACUCAGCGCAGCAGCUACGUGCCAGGGUCGGAGUCUGUGGAGGACACUUUCCUGAAGGAUGUUUCCAAAGUCACUGAGCCACCUUGAACUCUCCAUAAAGUCCACGUUGCAAACUCACUUAAUAUUAUGAAAUCUUGAUCCGUGAAGUAUUUAUGGGAUGGAGCCCACAGCUCAGGGACGAACUGAAAAGAGUUUCAGCUAUGUCAUCAGAGCUCCCAGCAGUGAUGCCUUGGAUGUCACGCACGUGGAUGUGAAGAUCGACACAUGCUGGAUAUUCCGGGACCUGGAGGAGAGUGGUGAAGCACAGGGGUGCCCUCCAGAAGAAGUGGCCAGGACCCCAGAGGUGGACAUGGUGAUGCUCGGGAAGCAGCUGGAAUCCUCAGAGCAGAAGCCCGUGGCAGCUGUGGACACGCACAUGAUGUCGGAGUCCAGGCUGAGGAGCAGGAUUCAGGCACUGGAGGUGUCACAGAGGAAGCUGCUCCGGGAGGUGGACCGGCUGCGUGCCUGCGUGGUCCAGGAAAGAAGCACCUCACUGUGGGCCCAGGAGCAGCUGCGGGCACUGCAGGAGGAGCUGGUCAGCCAGGUUCAGCAAGAGGAGAGUGUGGCUUGGCGGCAGCGGCAGCAGCUGCGAAGGCUGAGGGGGCAGCUGCGGCGCAGGGAUGAGGCGCUAGGGCUGCAGGCUGCGGCCCUGGAGCAUUGCCGGAGGAUCCAGCGGUGCCAACUGGGUCUGGUGCGGGAUCAGGAGCGCAUCCUGCGGGCGCAGGUGCAGCGGUUGGAGAGGGAUGUGAGGCACCUCUGUCGCGCCGCGGGCCUCCUGCUGGCUCAGCGGGGCACUGAGGCCCCCGCGCCAGUCUCGCCAGUCUCCGGCAAGCCCAGGCUGCAGGUCCCUGCCAAUCCCCGCGAAGCCCCGGAGGCAGCCGCGGAGCUGUGCGCCCUGCAGCAGAGGGCAGAACUCAGCGAGCUUGAGCGGGAAGAGGCGGUGCGUCGGCUGCGGGAGCAGCGCGCCACUGAGCGCGUGCUCUGCGGGCAGCUGGAGGAGCUGCGCUGCUGCAUCUAUGGGCUGCAGCUGUCCGAGAUUGGCCUGCAUGGCCAGGUGGAGGAGCUCGCCCAGCAAAACCAGAGCCUGCGGGAGGAGCUGGGAGCCCAGGCCCCCGCUGGUGGCUGUAGCCUGGGUGGCCUGGGCUGCGCUCAGGAUGACUCGCCAUGCCAGCCCAGGGAUGGGGCACUGGGUCCCUGCAGCCAAGGCCGGCUCGACGGUGCCCAGGGACGUCAGGCCUCUGCAGGCCAGCCCUUGGAGGGACCCGGCACCUGCAUCUGCGCUGGAGCUGGGCCAGGCCCCGAGAGCGAGGGCGAGCUGUCGGAGGGCCGCACAGGGUCUGCCCGUGAACAGCCUCCUCUGGUGGAGCCCAGCCUGGAUGGACAGACUCUUCUCCUGGUGUGUGGUUCUUCCCCAGCGCAGCAUAUGGACGAGUCACUCAUCGCCCUGGACCUGGCCUGGGUUUCAGAGGGUCUCAGAGCCGCCCAAGCCCAGGAGCCCUUUCUCCAGGUGCAGACAUCCACGCUUCCACUCUGGGGGCUGGCUGGGGCCCCUGGGCUCCUGCUGCCACUGCUGUCCCAGGAAGCUCCCCCAGAGGAGCUCCAAGAAGUGCUGGACACCAGGUCCACCCCUGCCCCCAGUGCUGCGGCACAUCCCAGCUGGUGUUGUCACCAGACAAGGAGUCCCGACGCCUCCCCCCGCCAGGGGUUUCCAUGCACUUCAGAUCACCCAUGUCCCAUGGACCGGUCCAGCUGCAGAAAAGACACUUGGAACAGGGGAGGAGGGACCCCAGCAGGGGGAGCUGGGGGCAGGGAGGCGAGGAGCUCGGGCAGGAUGGAGGGAGAGCUUGGUGGCAGAUGCCAGCCAGGUCAGGAAAGCUGUGAGGACCUGAGUGUGGGGAGUGGGGUCUGCUCUCCAGGGGGCGUGGGGGACCAGAGUGUGUCUUUGGAGACACAGGCCACUGCCUACUGCCCUUGGCUCUGGCAGGAGUGUGCAGCGCCUCCUUUGCAGGGGGAGGACUCCCCAGAGGAGCCUGAACCCCUGAGCAGGAGGCAGAAGGUGGGAGGCUGUGGCCAGGGCCUCCUGGGAGGACUGUCACCAGAGGAAGAGGCUCACAGGGCUAGCGCUUCAUGGCCAGCUGGUGGUCAGCUCCCUGCAGGGAGGAGCAGAGCCCUUGAGAGGCGGGUUCCAGGCAAGCAGGACAGCCGACCGGGGUGUGGAAGUGCUGUGCGUUCCCCAGAGGGAAGCCCUGGGGUUGGGGGACAAGAAGAGGAGGAGGAGAAGGGGCUCCGUCGAGAAGCCUCCAGUCUGGGGAAUGGGCCUGUGCCCCAGGAGCUGGACUGCAGGCAGUGCCAGGGCAAGGAGACACUUUCCUCGGUGGCAGGGUGUGGCUUGCUGCAGUCUCCCAGACUGGCUGUUCCGGGUGAAGACACUGGUCCCCCUCGGGCUCUGAGCAAAGGACAGGAUAGAUAUUCUCUCCAAUUGGAUGCACUUGAGCAGGACGUGGAGGCCUGUUUCCAGCAACUGAACACCCUGAAACUUGGCAGCUGGGGUCACCAGCGGGAGAUGGCCCUUGUGGUGGGAGAGAACUGGAGCUUUGCUCAAAGGAGGCAGAGCAGAGGUGAGGAGAGUGGAGAGGCCACCAGCCUCGAACAGACUGUGGCCCAGGACACCAGCAGAGCUGUUGCAGGGACGUCCCCUGAUCAGGAGGAAGCCAGCCUGGACCCUGCAGAGGUCCACAGGAACGCGCUCUCCACACCCUGGCACACCCUCGAGAGGGCCAGGGCCACGUUCCAUCAGCUUCUUUCCUCACUGAAGAACGAGAGGAGCCGGGUCUUAUGUGACAGGGCUGCACUUCGGGAAGACCAAGAGGGAUGCUGUCCUAAAGCUUGCCACCUCGAGGCAGAGGGCCCACGACGCGCAGCCCGGGUGUGCGGCCUCCAGCAGGCCAACCAGGUGCUGGAGGGAGACCUGGCCCAGCUCAGGAGGGAGCUGGGCCAGUACGCACAGGCCAUUUCCGACCUGGAAGAGUGCAAUGCGCAGAGUUACGGCAAGAUCUCGGAGCUCGAGGAGGAAAACGACAAACUGAAAAGGGAUCUAGGCCAACUCCGGAGGGCCAUGUCCCAGAGCGCUAGGGAAUCCCGUGGCCCCAGGGAGCACGUCGCCCUGGAAAACAGGGAGCUCAAGGCACUGAUUUCGGAGCUUGGGGUCAGCUAUAAAGAGCUGGUAAGGGGUGUGGGGCUGGGGGUGGAAGGCAUGGUCCGGGCCUCCCAGGGGGAGAACGAGCGCCUUCUUCGCAGGGUCCGAGCCCUGGAGCAGGAAGUGGCCUUGCACACCAGUGGGGACAGGGCACGCUCGUUGGGAGGCCGUCAUCAACCCCAGGAAAGCACCAAGGUGGCGGUGGACAAGGUGUGCACCAUGGACACAGGGGUGCAGGUCACAAGCCCCUGCGGGCCACCCUUGGAGGAGGCAGUGGGCGUCCCUGGAGGGCAGACGGGCCCUGCCUUGGACCUGCAGGAUCCCGGAUGUGGCGCUGGUUCUACCGCUCCGUCACUGGUCUGGAGAAAUGCUGACGUCCCCCGUGUCCUGCGAGGAAGGGGCGGGGCAGGAGGAGGAGCAGCGCGUUUGGAGGGAGAGGAGAAAAGGCCAUGGUGUCCCCACCAAGGGCACGCCCUGAGGACCUCGCGCAGCGGCCCCCAGCUCCAGGACACAGAGGCCGAGGCAUCUGAAGAGGACCCCAGGCUGUGUGCCCAGCGGCUCCGUCACCAGGUGCAGACCCUGAAGUGCCAGCUCAGAGACCAGGGGUGGGCACACCGGGAGCGGCAGGAGGAGCUCAAGGGCAAGCUGGAAGAGCUCCAGAGAAAACAGCAUGAGGCCGACGUGGCUGUGGCCCCACUGAAGGCCAAGCUGGCUUCCCUGGUCCACAAGUGCCUACGGAGGAACCACCUCAUCACCCGGCUACUGCAGGAGCUGGGCAGACAUGGGCCUGUCGACCUCCUGCUCUCUGAGAUGGCCCAGAACAUGGUCCACGACGUGGCACUGUCGGAGUAUGCUGCUGCCUUCCUGACCACUGGACUCCCAGAGACAAGCCACCACCUGGACGUCGGCUCCCAGGGGACAGCAGCUAUAAGAGUUCAGGAACAGCUGCCGAGUUCUGAAACAGACGGUGUCCUCCAAAGCCCGUUGCGCUCAGACUCCUGGCCUUUUCCCGAGGCUGAGUGGCCAGCACUGACAGCUCGGCUGGAUUCGCCAAAGCUGCCUCUGCCCUCGGGGCCCACCCUGGAUCCUGGACCUGGGCCAGCAGUGGUCACCGUGGAACCAGGCGGAGAGCCCCAUCCUGGCCCCCACACCCACAGCCUUCUGCCAGCCUCGGAGGUCCUGAGCCCGGCGAGGAUCCUGGCUCUUCACCAAGAGCUCAGACAAAGCAUUUGCGGCAAUUCCCAGACUGCAGCGUCACUCAAUACAGCGAUACCCGGAUGCAGGAAGGAAGACGACACAGAGGCAAUCACAUCAUCCCAGGAAUAUUUACGUCUCUCCCAAGUGACCGAGGGAUUUACAAUCCCUCCCGGAGAGUGGCAUUCCAAGCCAAGCCUGCUCAGCUCGCUGAGGGGACACCUUACCUUGAUGGUACCAGCAGGGAGCCAAAGGCGUGACACAGGAAGGCUGCGUUAGCACCAGGGGUCGGCGUGAGCCUGGGGUCUGGAGUCCCGAGGAUUUGUGGCUCUGCCCCUCUAAGCCGCGUCACCUGGAGCUGGUCACUUACCUUCCUGGAAAGAGCUCUUCAUCGUCUGUUCGAGGGUCCCCCUGCCUACUGGACAGCUGGGCCCUGAAGGUGACUCCAUCUCCUCCCGGUGGCUUUAGGGACUUGGUGCAUCUUUGGCUCUACGUGGUCCCUCCCAGGGUAGGUGAAGGGACCUGUACUGGAAUGGUUUCAAAGGGACCUCAGUGAUCACGUAGACACUGAUGUUUCCUGCAGAGGCUCCGCUGGGCUGAGGACCUGUGCAGAGACUUCAAGGGAGAGGCCCUGGGUCUCCACAGACUCUCAAAGGAGACUGGACCCCAGUGGUCAGGCAUCCCUGGUCCUGGUGGGGAGCCAGACACCAACUCUGUCUCAAACUUGCUGGUGACUUCAGGCCGCCCCUUGGCCUCCACGGGCCUCACUUCCUCAUCUGUACAGUGGGUGUGACCACAGCCUCCUGGGCCCCCUGUAGCUCUGAUGCCUGCUGCAGCCCUCCUGGUGUCCUACUGUGCAGCAGGCACUGGCUGGUGGGGAGGCCCCAGAACAGCCUCCCUGCUCUGGGAAGAAGGGCGAGCUCUUCCUUUCCACACACGUGUCACUUCAAGCAACUUAUAUCUACCUAUUGUCCCCAAAUACCCACACACACCAAAGGACCCCAAGCACGGCACCCAGGUUCCAGCAGUUUCCACCCAGCAAGGGCGUCACUGCCCAGGAGUUGAGCUCUGACCAAGGCUGCCCUCUCCCUCAGGUGCCUUCCUGUGAGCUUCAUGACUGUGAGGCCAGCUUUCGUGGAUAGCUGGGAAGGGGGGGUGGCAACUGGGGACAGGUGACCUCUAAGCACCACCUGGAAGAUGCAAGGAAAAGCCAGCUGCCUGUUGAGGCCCAAGCCAUUUAUUUCCUAGCCGCUGCUGCUGUGAGACAGGAGUCCAUGGCAGGAGGCAGCCUGGGGUUGGGGUCAGCACUGGUGUCUUGGGUGGCAGCAGAACUGGGGGCGGUGGUCAGUGAGGGCGAGUGACAGACCCUGCGCUUCUCGGGCAGCAGGCACACAGCCUGUUUUGUUUGGUUCACGCCUUUCCGUUUGCUGGGUGGGCUGGUUAUGGUGAAGUGAGCUCAGCGUGAAACUCACCGUCUUAACAAACCGUCUUAACGAGCCAUCUUGAGUUCGGUUCAGGGGCCUGGAGCACAUUCAUUGUGCCCCUGUCACCCCCACCACAUCAGAAACCUCCCAAACUGAAGCACCGUCACUAGCUCCCUGUCCCCUCCCCAGACUCCAGCCACACCACUCUGACCUGUCUCCAGGGACCUCCAGCAACUGGAACCCCACGGUACUUGUCCUUGGGUGACUGGCUCACUGCGUGUGCAGGACGUGUGUGGGUCAGCUCGUGGUGACGCCCGGGUCAGCGCAUCCUUCCUGCUCAAGGCUGAGUAGUGUCCCACCCUAGGGAUGCACCACGCGUGUCUAUUCCCUCACCACCCAGGACAGCCGGCUGGCCUCCACCUCACGGCCGUGGUGAAGGAAGCUGCUGGGGACGUUUCUAAAAUUACAAUGAGCAAGUGACCUUUAAGAGCCAGGAGAUUUCUUAUAUAAUCUGGAUGUCUGGCUGCCUCGGACAGUUGGUAGCCCUGCUGACUGUGAACCCUACCUUCCCAGCCACAGUCACGGCUACCUGAGGUCAGCACCCCGCUCCCCGACUGGCACUUGGCCCAGUGGGCCUCAGGGUCCCUCAUGCCUUCUCCUCAACUCACCAUGAACUACAAAUCUCCACGGCUGUCACCUGGAGACACUGGGUCUAUUGUCACCUUUGUAUCGUGGGUGAGAAUCCAGAGGCACAGAGAAGGACAGUGGCCUGGCCCAUUCCGCAGGCGGGCAGUGCAGAAACUGCAUUCCCCAGGGGUGGUCCUGGACCGGAAUCGCCGUGCCUGGGCUGGACCCUCAGCCCUGCUGCCACCUGUCCAGCGACCUGGGCAGAGCCCUUAAUGGUUCUGAGCCUUGGUCCCUGCUGUGGGAGAGGAACGCUGCCCGUCUCCAGCCUCGGGUUGAAGAUGGAAGACGGGCACACGUUGACUGUGUUGACUCUGGGUGUGGUCCCCGGCACAGAGGAGAGAAGGAGGGGGCAGAGAGAGGGAGAGAGACCAAGCUGGGCAUCGGGAAGCAUGAAUAAGAGCACAGGUCACGUCAGGUGACCUAGUGUGUGGGAGUGGGCACCAGGAGGUGCUUCACCACUGCUCCUUUCUAACAAGUGGGGCCUGUCUAAGGCUCCAGAUCUCCUUCCUGGCAAGAUACAUGACAUUGUGGGAACAACCUGGCUUUAGGAAUUGUGAGCAUGAUUUCAAAACCCACCCUGAGCAGGCCAGCCCCCAUUCUGAUCUGCAAAGUCCUCUCUCGGUAAGUGGGGGGCCGUAUCACUCUCCUCGCCAGCACCAGAAGAAAUGAGAAAUGUCAGGUACCUACACUUAGUAUAUGCUCAAUAAAGUCUGGGUCCCUUUCUUCCCUUCCCAAGCAGAAAUCUGCCACCUAGGUUAAAAGAAUGUCACGUUUUUCCAAAUGUUAAAAAAAGAAAUGAGAGAGAUCUGUCUUCUAGUGCCCCCUGCCCCCAGCACACUCCACAGGUUCUUGGGGUUAGGGUUGGCCGCUUACCAGGUGUCAUCCCUUCACUUAACCAACAAGCCCUGGUGCCAGGCGCAGCAGUAGGCCCUGGAGUCAUAGGAGAGGGCAAAGCACUCCUAGUCCCCACCCUCCUGCAGCGGGAGUUCCCGUUGGUCAACAGGUCAGCGGUGCUGAGCACUUGGUAAGUGCCCCCUGAGCUGGCUUUGUGCAGGGCCUGGCUUUGCCCUUGGGCUUGUUGCUGGGGGAUAGGGGCACCCUCUGUUCUGGGCCCCGCCUGCUGCUUCACCAGCCCCAGAUGGAAAGCUCCCCCUAAGUCCCCAGCCAUCGCCUACCACUGGUCUUUCUGCCCACUCAUGCUGUUACUGUUACUUCUGUCCUUUCCAGGAGUCCCCCAUGGAGUGAGUAGUCCAUGCCACUGCACAUGGGGGACCCUGGCAGAGCCCCAACUCUUUGAAUGAAUGAAAUGGAAAGGUAGAUGGAAAAGAAUUUUGUCUCUCAUAAACAUACAGGAUAGGUGCUUGUGACUGUCCACACGCUCCACAGGACAGAUACCACCUGGCCGAGGGGAAGAUCAUUAGGGUUUAAACCAGAGGGACCAGGCUGCCAUCUCAGUUCUGCAACUUACUAACUUUGAAGCCAGGGAAGGAACUUCCCUUCCCCUGUUUCCUCGUCUGGCAAAUGGGGGUAGGGAAAUAGCUGCUUCCGCACGUGCUGUGGAAGCAGUGGACACGCUGGGCAGAGAAGCGCCUGUCAGACCCAAGUGCCGUGCAGGUACUUUAUUCAGGUCCUCGAUUCAGUGCAAACUUAUUAGGCACCUACUGUGUGCUGUUAUGAGCAUGGUGAUGAUCUGUCUUAGGACAAUUUGGAAAAAGUCCCCAGGCAAAGGGAGAAAAGACUUGCUUGUCAGAUGGUUGUACAGCACAUUCAUAGAUUAUGAUUAGCAACAGGCAGCCAGUUGGCAUGGUAACGCUUCCCCAUGAACCACUAGGCUGUGUGCUUAAAAUAGGUACGCUGAAGGUGCGGUGGCAGCCGGGAGCGAGGCAGCGUGGGCAGAUGGCUCUGUGGACUGCCUGGGCCAUGUGCUUGGGGGGUCACUCCCUUGCCCUUGCCCAGCAGGCCAGCAGAGCAGGCACUGAGCUAACAAGUCCAGAAGCACCCUCUGUGGGCGCUGGCAAGGCCUUAGACUUUAGGAUCAAUGUCCACCUUUCCUCAUUCUACAGGAAACCAAAGACAGUGGGGUUCAGCGGCACCUCCAGCUUGAUUUGGAGUCUUGACAGAGGAUUCCCAGCCGGGCCACCUGCAGGCCCCUCAGGUUCAGAAUGCCACCAGGCAAUUCAUGUCAUAGCAGGUCACAGUCCGCGUGGCCCCACCUGGCAACACGUGUUAGUGCCAGGAACGCUUUCCCUGGGUGUCGAAUCCGGGGAAGCCCUGAACUCCAUGGUACCUGGGAAACGCACCUGCUUCUUGGCUAGACUCUGUGACCGGGCUUCGGCUUCACCCUCCAUGACCUGCCCUGUCUAGCUCCUCCCUGUGAGAAUCUCCAGAAAGCGGAUGGAACUCCACGAAUCACUUUGUGCCGAGAUCCUUUCGGAGUCUGGUUAGCCUUCAUCGAAGAGGGCGGGGAGCAAUCCUCUCAACGCAUAGUUCAUUUUUGUUUGUUUCACUCAGCAAUUUAUUGAACAGACUUUAGAAACUUGAGGGGGUCUUUUCUCCCUCCGGCCGCUGAGUUUCUUUUAAGAAAUUCACGGCUCCCAGUUGAUUCCAGGCUGAGAUUCCAGGUCUGGAAAGUGAAACUUUUUGAGAACUCAGUCAACUUCUGAGAAUGGGGUGCUAGACAAUUCUGACAUCUUUUAGACCCUCAACUUUCCUUUGAGUUGAGAUCGUGCUGUUCUGGGGCAAGGAGGUGGGGGGUGUCUGGAGAGCGCUGCCACUCGUCCCCCAGGCCAUUGGUGGGAUGUGAAGACCUGCAGUGGAGACUCUCUGUGACUCCUGCACACUGGCCUGGCCUGUAAGCUUUUCUAAAGAUCCAGGCCCCACCCAGGCAUCAGAUGUCUCGCCUGGGCCCCGGGCAGGGCACCUUCCAAGAGCUCCCUGCUGAAUCUAACACACGCCAGGGACAGAACCAUCAGACCAUGGCCCCACAGUCCUUUGCAAUUCUCCCAUCCCCUCGGCUAAUUAAAUUCCGAGAUGCCACUGCGGGUUUCUCUGGUGUUAGACUUGUUCAUUUUUACUCCUCGCUGGGGAAAAAAAAAAAUGUGUUCUCGGAGUUGGCGGGAGAAGUUUCUCAUCUUUGGAGUAUUUCUGGCCGUGAGUCGGCUUUGUGACUGUGCCCUUAGAGGGCCUUUUAAGCGGAGGAUAAUCCCUAUGGAAAUGGAUUUCAGGACAUGUGGUGGGACUUGGCUCCACAGGGCAGCUCUGGGGCUGGGCUCUGGAUGGCUGGUUACUGCACAAUAUCUGGAAAUCCAGAUAAAGCCCAGACACUGCAGCGGAUGUUGUGAUAGAGACACCAAGAGAGCCUCCUGGGGGUAGCUGCCGCACCCUAACCUCUCCUACCUGGAUUUGGUGAGCGGUUAUAUCAGUGGUAUAAGCAAACAGGACGAGGUCUCCAUUCAGCCUGCGCACCAGCGGCCAACUUUAUUCCUUCUUAGUUUUGAAAUAAACUCUUUGAAAUUCUCUGGUGCCUUAAGGAAAAAUGAGAAAGGAAACCCCUGGGGUUUGCUGAUAUAUUUAGUCCUCUUCCCUGUGUCAGGAGAAUUUCUAGAGGAAGAGAAUCCAUACGCAGGACCUAAAACUGCUUUCAAUAAGCCCGCAGAGCUGGGGUGGAGAAUUGCAUUUCCUUUUAUCCCAUUUGAUCUUUCCCAUGACCGCUCCAUGCCUGGUGUCUGUGCAGUGAAGAGUCAUGAACGACACCGUGGCCAUGGCUGUGAUAAGGCACAGACCGAUAGCACCUCUAUCUGAUGGUAGAAAAAGGGAAGGAAAGACAAAUGACUGAGAUUGUUAAAGUAGCUGAAGACUUCAUUUCAACUCUGUGUCAAUGUGUUUGAACGUGCUAUGACACGGUGUUUGUAAGCAGGACACUGAAGUGAUGGGGAGAAUGCUGCCUGUCCAGUGAUGUGACAGCUUCUCAUGGGGACAAGGACAAAGUCUGCCCCUAACAGAGGAGGGGGUGAGCUCUGGGGCUGGGGAGGUACUCUGGGUUUGAACUCUGGAUGUGCCAAGCAGCCGUGCAGGCUUGGGCAUGGUGCUUGUGUCCCCAGCUCCUCUGCAGGAACAGGGCCGGGGGUGUGGGAUCCUGGGGGGAGCGCAUAGUUAGAGGACACCAGGAGCCCUGCCUCUUCCCCAUGACAGCAGGCUCUGCAGAUGCCUCUCAGAGGGAUGCUGGAGCAUCUACUGCCACCCCGAGCUGGGGACUGCGUCCAUCUCUUCCACAGCGCAGGUUUUUACUGCCUGCUUUUUGAUGGUCAGGCAGGGAAGAGCCAGUGGAUCACUGGCAGAGAUCAUGAGUAAGAUUUGUGGGUUCGUUUUGGCAGAUCCUCCAGGGCCUCCUUACUCUUUCCUAGUUGAAUCCUGGGCAGAGAUCCCAGGAAAUCUGUGAAGCACAACAUCAGUUUGGAAAGUGUGUGUUUUUACACCAGAUCCAAAAUGCACAGAAAGUCCACCCCUUGUGGCUGCGUGGACGUGCAAGGACUCCUAGACGAUGGCGGGAUAAGCCCCCCAUGGUGGGAUGUGCUGCUCACCGGGUGGUCCAGCACCAGGAGCAGACCCCCUUCCUUUUGGAUGCUCUUCAGCAGGACCCUCCUUGGGUGCUGGGCCAGUGGGUGUUCCGUCAUGCCUGCCAGCAGGGAUGUGACAGAGCCAGCCACCAGGAGCUGCUUCUCAGAUUCCUGAUCCCUGGGACUUGGGCUCAUCUCUCCCUUCCAGGUUUUCAAGAUUUGUAACAAUUGCUCCAUCUUGUGUGAAGCAGGCCAGGAUUCCCCCUUGUUACCCAGAUGUAUUUUUCUAUGUUAGUUAAAUGUAUACUUUGUGUAAUUUUGUACAUUAAAAUGUAUGCUUUUCACAGA